AUGUUCGCCUCAACUUCCCCAGAGCUAAACCUCUCCCCACCCGUCAGCGAUAAUUCCCCGACUGUACCAACCCACACCCACGCAGUGGAACCCAGCUCCCGCAGCUGUGUCACCUGUCGCCGCCGCAAAGUCCGCUGCAACAAACGGUCCCCAUGUUCGAAUUGCACAAAGGCCGGAAUCGACUGCGUCUUCCCUCCGCCCGGUCGUGCCCCGCGCAAAUCGAAACGCCCACCUGACGCCGAGCUGCUUUCCCGCCUGCGGCGUCUGGAGGGCGUUAUUGAUCAUUUGAGAAAUAGCGGCCAUACGGAGGGGAGCUCGACGUCGACCCGGGGCUCGAUUUCUGGUGGGCAUGAAUCUGGGCGGAGUGAUACUGGUACGUCUAGGUCUGACGCUGAAACCCAGCCGAAGAGCCAAGAUGGUGGUGGUUGUCCGUUUGAAGACUCGGAUCCGAAGAAGUUGGCGCCUAAUAAGUUUGAGAAUGAAUUCGGGCGCUUGGUUAUUGAUGAAGGGCGGAGCCGAUACGUGAGUAAUCGGCUUUGGGCCAGUCUUGGUGAUGAGAUCGAGGAGUUACAGGAUAUUCUCGAUCAUUCGGAUUCCGAGGAAGAGGAUAUGCCUUCUCCGGAUUCUGCCCAUUCAGGCUCCCAUGAUGGGUUCCUCUUCGGGUUCUAUUCACUUUCCCGGUCUCUUCGGGAAUUUCACCCUUCCAUGCCUAAAGUAUCAAUGCUUUGGGAAAUCUAUGAAGAAAAUGUUGCUCCUUUAAUCACUAUAGUGCAUCGGCCGACAGCCAAGAACUUGUUCUUCGAGGCGGCACAGAAUCCAGACGCUCUGGAUAAGAACCAAGAAGCCUUGGUGUUUUCCAUGUAUCUUUGCAGUAUUGUCAGCAUGGCGCCCGAUCAGUGUAUGGUACAAUUUGGCCAAGAUCGCACCGCCGCUGUCAAACAGUAUCGGUUCGCCACUGAGCAGGCACUCGCAAAGGCCGGAUUCUUAAACACACAGAGCUUAGUCCUUCUCCAAGCAGCUGUCCUCUUUUUGGUCUGCGUCCGUCGCGAAGAUGACAGCAAGUUCGUGUGGUCCAUGACUUCAAUCGUCUUACGUCUUGCUCAGAGUUUAGGCCUACACCGGGAUGGCACUAAUUUCGCCCUAAAACCAUUUGAGACUGAAAUGCGCCGUCGGCUAUGGUGGCAUAUCUCGUUGAUGGAUGUUCGCUCGUCGGAGGAUCACGGCACCGAUCCGCUCAUCCACGAAAACAUGUACGAUACUCUACUGCCAUUGAACAUCAAUGACGAGGACAUCUCGCCUGAGAUGGAGGAGCCGCCCGAAGAGCGAGAAGGAUGCACAGAUGCGACGUUCUGUCUCAUUCGGUGUGAGAUUACGAGCGCCUUGCGACGGGCGAAUUACGUCUGUCCAGGCGCUCAAUGGCGGGCGCCGAGUAGCGUCCCAUCUAUAGACCGUUGCGAGCGGAUGAUAAAAAUUAUCAGUGAACGAUGCGAACAGCGAUAUAUCAGACACUGUGACAUGAACGUUCCCAUCCAGUGGUGUUCGGCCACCGUUGCGCGUCUUAUCCUUGCCAAACUGUGGCUGAUUGUUCAUCACCCUAUGACCCGCAAAGACCGCGGGAACGUGUCCCUAGCAACUCGCGAGAGCUUGUUCCUGACUGCAAUUGAAGUCCUUGAGUUCGGACGCCUGCUCGAAGCCGAUCCCAAGACUGCGAAGUGGGGCUGGCUAUUCCGGACUAACAUGCAAUGGCACGGAGUCGCGUUCGUCUUGUCUGAGGUGUGCGUUCGCCCCAUCUGCCCUGUGACCGAUCGAGCCUGGAAUGCCGUUAGUUCACUUUACUCGGAAUGGGCUGUCCAGGCGACGCACAAGAAGGGUAUGCUGUGGCGGCCACUCGCUGCGUUAAUGAAGAGAGCCGCUGCCACUCGCUCCAAGCAACAGCAGGAACUGUUAGCCAAGUUUGGACCGGUGCGGAUACGACCAGUGCCUGUGAAUUCUCAGGUUGUCGGCGACAAUCAAUCUCUACCUCGAAUUCACAUGCCCAAUCUACAACCGGCGCAUCAAGCUACUGGGCCGCUCACUGCUGAUGCUGCUCUCAAUAUCGACCUCAGCCAAGGGCCCUGGAGUGCUAUACAAGGUAUCUUCCCUGAUACAGACUUCUUCAACCCUGCGCAGAACAAUCUGUUUGAUGCCCCGCUUGUCGAGAAUACUGUUUCUGCGUCGAGGCUACCAACAGGAUUGCCCUAUAAUGCUCCCAUGAGCAAUCCUUUGUUGAACCAGCCGUCGCAACCACUCCCUGACGCUCCUCAACUUAGUUGGGAUGAGUGGGAUCAGGUUAUGCGUGAUUUCCAGAUGGAUGUUGAGAAAGAUGAAUCAAACCCGGCCAAGGGAACUAAUGUCACUGACUGGUUCAGUUGA